UUCCGCGUGGUCACCGUGCAGCGAGACGGCCAAAGGUUGCGCGCCAUGGAGUACGCCUCCCGCACAGCCGAGUGGCGCAUCCACCCGUGGGCGGACGGCAUCCACAUGCCUGCGCAUGCGCAGAGCAUGCGACCGAUGCUCGCUGCCGCGGCCGGGCUCAUCUUUUCGAGAUAUGACCGGAACUCCUCGCUCCUGCUCGAUACAAGCACCAUGGCAUUCUCCUUCUCCAUCGUCCCUCUCCCAGUUACAAUAGCGACGCACACGAUGAUGCCGCCGGGAGCAUACGCCAUCGGAGACACCGAGGCCGGUGUGUGUUGCCUUUUGCUUAUGGUCGGCAGGACUACGCUGCAAGUCUGGCUACUCAAGAAGAAGGACGGCGGCGGCGGGCAUGCGUGGGAGUUGGAGAAGCAAAGCCAUAUAGGCUGGCUGGACAGCUUCAACCGGCGGUUUGGUGUCCAAAUGGUGGCUGCUGGGCUCGCAAUUGUUUACUGCAUGAGUUGCAAGUAUUCUCACUUUGUCAUUGAUCUCAAGGACCUGAGCCUCAAGGAUAAGUUCCGUUGUCAUCGAACCAUGGCGUACCCUUUCCAAAUGCCAUGGCCACCUGCUGCGUUGGUGCCUACUUCUCCGUGCGAACGGCCCACCACACCCCAAACAUAUGCAUGCCGAGAUGCUGAAAAUCAACACGAAGCACCUUCUUCUAGUAGGAAGCGCAAGAGCAAUGAUGAAAUGGAGCCAUGUAUUUCCCCAGCUUCUUUGAAGAAUGAAUUCAUCAGAUAAGAAAUUGUGCUAUGAGAUUGGACCGCCGACUUGAAUAUAAAGAAGGCGAUCAACAAUUGCACCUUUAAACCCCUUCACUACUGGGUGUUGAGAUACAACUGAUUGAGUUGGGAGGGAGCUCCAAAUCUGCCUAGCCCUCGUUUUGAUGACCACAACAAAGACCAGCUGUUAUUUCUUGAUCUCCCGUUUCUGUUUGGUUUUUAUAUUUCUGAAUUAUUGUAAUGCAUUAGUCUGUAAGAUGGCUUGUAGUUCUAAAGAUUAUAUUGGGGUGUUAUCAGAUUCGUAAGAACGUUAUAAACUGUUAUUGUGGGUCAUGUAGUUGUAAGUUAUAUCAGGAAUUCAAUGUUCUCGUAACCUCCUCGGC